AUGGCGAUUGAUCAUGACGCUGUACUUCAUAUUAAGGACCUCAUCAACCAGGUUGUUAUUGAGGAUGCAUGGGAUGCCAUGUAUAAUCAUACCAUAACAAGUCGAAAGUUUCAUACGGGAAGAUUCAGUACGUCACGUUUGCCUCAUGAUUUACACCAUAAGAUGUCCACGACAAUCAAAGAGAUAUAUCAUAUUAUCAGUAAUGAAAGCGAUCCACACGUUGGUUGUUUCCAGGAUAGCUUGGGCAGAGAAAAAGAUAAGAAAGAUCGAGAGAAAGACAAAGAAAUUGACAAAAUGGCAUACUACCUUAUCGCUAUUUGUGAAGGGAUCUCUGAGGACAUAAUGAAGUGGACGGGAAAUUAUGUGAAGAAUAUUCGAAAUUCCGAUAUGAAGAUCAAUUUCCAGAACUUGAAGAUCGCCCUAAAUGCUGACAAAGUAGGUUGUAAGGCGCUAAUGCAGUUAUGCAACUCUUUGAGAAAUGACGAUGAUGACCAGUCACCUGGAGGCUUUCUGUCCAAUUUCUAUGAUUUCGAUCUUGAGGAUUCAGAUGAAGAAAAAGAACAGAAUACUUCGUAUGAAUCAAUCCUUCGUUACCCAAUUUACAUGUUAAUUAAGAUUGCUAGUGAUUUCCUUAAAGAGGAAAGACUGUAUCUACGAGAGUUGAAUCAGGUCAAUGUCUUUCGCCGUAGAUUAGAAGCAGUAUUGCAGGACGAAGACAAGGUGUGUGUGUGUGUGUGUGAGAUUCAUGAGCUCACAAUGAAAAUGGAGAGAACUCUUGAGGAUUCUAUAGAAAUGAGCGACUCUCCGUGUAUUGGAAUGGGUAUGUGGGAGUUAGCAGAGGCUUACGAAUUCGACGGGUAUUUGGCUUACAUGAAGCGUGGACGUGAUGAUGAGCCAGAAUCAAUUUUAACGCGAGUUAUAACACAGGCCAUAGAAGAUCUUCUAGAGAACAAGAAGUAUCAGUCAUUGUUCGGUAGACUAUUGAAGUACUCCUGGAAUGAGGAAGAUCGGAUUGAGCUACAGAAUUCGAAACUGUAUUUAACAACAGUCGGCAACCAGUUGGAGCAAAUGUUUGACCAUGAGGAUAUGGCUACGAUAAAAAGUCGAUCAGAGCUUUUUAAUCGGUAUGAUUCGAGGAUCUCACAGAUCAGUCGUUUGCAAGAAAUCCAAAGAAGCAUUGAAGGUUUUGAGGGAAAUCCCAUCGGAAAGACAUGUUCGGAAUUGAUAAAGCAGGGUGAUCUGCAGAUGAUUAGGCCGUCUUUGACGUUUUCCCCCGAUAUUAUCAGAAAAGGACGGUGGAAAACAGAGAGACAUCUAUUCUUGUUUGACCAUCUGCUGGUUCUUUGUAAGAAGCAUAAAGCGUACAAGUUCAAGGAGCGAAUCAGUGUGAACCUUAUGGACAUCAUAGACAUGAAGGAUAGCGACGUGUUGCGAUACUCUUUUCGAUUGGAAUCACGAGAGAAACCGUACGCGACACGAACGUUUACGAUGAUUUGCAAGAGUGCUGAGGAGAAAAUGGACUGGAUGUCCGCUUUAGUUACAGUGAAUACAAAGAGUAUUCUUGAUCGGGUUCUGGAUGGUUAUGAGAAGGAAGAGGCCAAAAGAAUCCCUCUAAUUAUUCCAGGACCAGAUCAGUACAGGUGGGAGUGA